AUGUCUUGUCUGAGAAACUAUCAUUCUCGAGUUCGUUCACUGAAUCGUGUUAUAGCGAACGACGCAAGUGAAGUUGAGAGACGAGCUCGCGCUCUGAGAGUUCUAAACAUCAUAUCUUCGAAACCAAGUGAAACGUCAAAUCGCCAGAACCAUCUUGGAAUCGUUAAGGACUUUCUACGAACAGAUUCAAAGCAUCUUAGAGAUGAACCGAUUCCCGAGGAUCUCAGCCUCUCAAGAACCAAACAUGGAGUCUCAAGCGUGCUAAAAGAAGUUGAGGAUUCUUGUAGUUUCGAUGCUUAUGGUUUAUCUUCCGCCGUGAGCUCUUGCGGGUCGGAUCGUGACUUUCGAACCGGUUACGGGUUUCAUUGCUUAGCUUUGAAAAGUGGGUUUACAUCAGAUUUAUACGUAGGAAGCUCUUUAGUUGUUUUGUAUAGAGAUUCUGGUGAGAUAGAUAAUGCACAUAAGGUGUUCGUUGAAAUGCCUGAGAAGAACGUUGUUUCGUGGACUGCUAUGAUUUCAGGUUUUGCGCAGGAGUGGCGUGUGGAUAUCUGCUUGAAGCUUUAUUCAGAGAUGAGAAACUCAACCUCUGAACAACCGAAUGAUUACACGUUCACGGCUCUCUUGAGCGCUUGUACUGGAAGUGGGGCGUUAGGGCAAGGAAGAAGCGUUCAUUGCCAGACGCUUCUGACAGGUUUCAAGUCUUGUCUUCAUAUCUCAAACGCUCUCAUAUCGAUGUACUGUAAAUGCGGAGACUUGAAGGAUGCUUUCCGUGUCUUUGACGAGUUUGUAAACAAAGAUGUUGUCUCUUGGAACUCUAUGAUUGCUGGUUACGCGCAGCACGGACUUGCGACGCAAGCAAUCGAGCUUUUUGAGGUAUUAAUGCCUAAAAGUGGGACAAGGCCUGAUGCAAUCACGUACUUAGGAGUCUUGUCAUCGUGCAGACACGCUGGUAUGGUAAAAGAAGGAAGAAAGUUCUUCAGUUUGAUGGUGGAACGCGGCGUGAAGCCACAACUCAACCACUACUCUUGUCUUAUAGAUCUUCUAGGCAGGUUUGGUCUGUUGCAAGAAGCUUUGGACCUGAUCGAGAACAUGCCGAUGGAACCAAACGCAGUGAUAUGGGGUUCUCUGCUUUUCUCUUGCCGUGUUCACGGAGAUGUCUGGAUGGGAAUCAGAGCUGCAGAGGAACGGUUGAUGCUUGAACCUGAUUGUGCAGCCACACAUGUGCAGCUAGCGAAUCUUUACGCUAGUGUCAGGUACUAUAAAGAGGCGGCCACAGUGAGGAGAGUGAUGAAAGAUAAAGGAUUGAAGACUAAUCCAGGUUAUAGUUGGAUUGAGAUUGAUAACAAUGUUUUCAUGUUUAAAGCUGAAGAUGGUAGCAACUGUAGAAUGCUAGAGAUUGUUCAUAUUCUUCAUUGUCUUGUAGAUCACAUGGAUGAUGGAACUCCUCUAAUACAACGAGAAUAGAUAAGUACAA